UCUUCGAAGUGUUGGGGACACAUUCGAAUUUUUUGAUAGUACGUGCUCUGCGCGUUCAUUGCGUCGGUGGUUUUCCCUCUCAAUUUACUAAUUCGAACUUUCGAAUGCGUCUUUUCUACUCCAUUAUUUUAUCCAUUUUUUUUUUAAAGCAACUUCAUCUCUCUACAAAAUGGACCAUCCCCUCCACUCCCACAUUUGAAUUCCUGCAAAGUGGCCAUGAUUCCAUCACCACACUACAAUGCUGAUGAUCCUCUCUUUCCAUCGCUCUGUAAAAUUAAGGGAGCUCUCGGAGAUUUUUCUCGUGACCGCAAAUCUAGUUCAGGUCCUCUGUUGGAACUGUUGGAGGACUGUACAAAGUCCUUUGAAACCGAAGAUCGGUACCGGACUGACCCCAGAUUCUUGAAAGUUUGGAUUCUUUAUGCCGACAUUUCUGAGAAGUUUGAAGAGGUUUUCAAAGAGAUGGAGGAGAAAAAGAUUGGGCUUACUCAUUCUCUUCUUUAUGAGGCCUAUGCUGUAUAUUUGGAAGCAAAGGGCAAGCCUUCAGAAGCUGAUGCUAUUUAUGAGCUGGGAAUUUCCAGGAAAGCUAUGCCAUUCGAGUCACUGAAGAAGGCGUACACUUCCUUCCUCUGUAGAAUGGCUGAAGUUACCCAAUUUUCAGGGCUUGAUAAGGCUAAAACAGAUGCAUGUAUUGAGCGGGAAAAGAUAAAGAGCAUGAACCCAUGGUCAGAUUACACCAUCAAUAGUCUAUUAGAGAAGUUGAACCCAUUUAUCAAAAAAUAUAAUGGAUACUUUAGGAGUGCAAAAAAGUAUUUGGGAAAGAUGCCUUUGUCUUCAUUGCGAACGUCCCGCAAUACCAUCUUAGAGCUAGAUGAAUCCAGCAUCAAAACAGCCUUCUUUUUCUGCGUGGGCUCAAAUAUUAUGCGGGGUAAAAAAAUUCCUCAAGAAAUGAGUCCUGAUAUGAACACUGAGGAAUCCAUGCAAAUUUAUCAAAUUCAAUUAUCCGUGGACUCCCAUUGGAAAUCAUGUGGAUGCAAGUACCAGAUAAAAGGAUGUGCAGGUCGUGGCGGUUUUGCUGAAGUAUACAAAGCUUACAAGAGUGAACUCCCUGAGGACGUCGUUGCACUGAAGAUACAAAAGCCUGCUUUUCCUUGGGAGUUCUACUUGUACCGCCAACUUGAUAAGCGCAUACCGUCUAAGGAAAGGUCAGCCUUUGGCUUUGCACAAAGAGUGCACAUCUUUUCUGAUUGCAGCAUUCUGGUCUGUGACUAUGUGGCACAUGGCCUUCAGGAUGUUAUAAAUUCCUACUUAGUGACUGGACAACACAUGGAUGAAAUUCUAUGCAUGUAUUACACAACAGAGAUGUUGCGUAUGCUGGAAACUUUACACACUGCAGGCAUCAUUCAUGGUGAUUUUAAGUCCGACAAUUUACUCGUUCGGUACGCGAGUGGUGACCCACAGGAGGAUGCAUUUCUUAGUCGCAGUGGGCCCUGGGAAGAUCAGGGACUUUGCCUUAUAGAUUGGGGAAGAGGAAUUGACUUGAGUCUCUUCCCUGUUGAUAUAGAGUUCCAUGCGGAUUGUAGGACUUCAAAUUUCCGUUGUAUUGAGAUGCAAGAGAAUCGGCCAUGGAAAUUUCAGGUGGACAUUUAUGGUCUUUGUGUCGUUGUUCACAUGAUGCUACAUGGGCAAUACAUGGAGCUAGAGAAAAAAAUCGGUGCCGAUGGGUCUGUUCUUUAUCAACCCAAAUCUUAUUUGAAAAGGUACUGGAACAUUGAUCUCUGGCAAAACAUGUUUACAACCUUGCUCAAUUGUCAAGGGAACUAUAGCCCCAUGAUAUUGCAGGGCUUGAGGAAGUCUUUUGAAGACUAUAUGUGCAAGCAACCCCAUUUGAUCAAGAAACUGAUGCAAUUGUUAGUGAGACAACGGACAUGCCUGUGUUCUGGCAAGUAAUGCCAUCUCCCCUUAUCACAAUCUGUUAUUUGAGGAGACAUACUCGUUCUCCUGUUGCAACACAAUCAUUUGUAUGAUUUAUAAGUUCCCAAUAAAUAUUAAGAUGUAAUAUGCAUCUCUGGAGAACUGGAAAGGCUAAGUGCUUCUGUUCCGAUGUUGAAGCCUUUGUAUGGUUGUCAUCUUGAAGCACAUACUGUUGCAAAAUGGAUGUAAGAACUCUGAUUUUGCAAGAAUGCAAUUGAGGAGUUUCUGUA